CGUUUGCGUUCAUAUGUUCCUCGUUCUGCGCGCUGGAGGUUCUGGCCAUGAACCUAAACUGCACCCGGGCUGAAUGAGGAGGGUAACAGGGUGGAUUAAGUCUGAUUUUGUGUUCUUUACUGCGUCGCUCAUGUCUUCUCUGUGUGGCCUUUAUUACGGCCUUGGUGUCAAUGAACACGCUCCUCAGCUAUGAUGACAGAUCAGCACCUCCCAAUUUUAGAGGCAGCGCCCAUGUUGGCUGACGUGCCCUUCCACCCGCACAUGCUCAGUGGAGACGCCAUGCAGCAGAUGGUCGUGGUGCAGGUGAAUCCAGGAGAGACAUUUACUAUACACACAGAAGAUGGUCAAUUACAGUGUAUUACAGGUCCAGCACAGGUACCCAUGGUGUCUCCUAAUGGCACAGUGCCUCCUAUUUUUGUGCCUCCUGGUUACAUUUCUCAGGUGGUGGAGGAGAACGGCAUGUGGAAAGUCCUUGUUCUGCCCCAUACGGUGGAUUUCCACCCGUCUGUACCACCCGUACCUGCACAUCUCCCUUUAUACAGCCCACCACACCCAGCCAUGCUGCAUUACCCACAGUUUUACCCCUCAGAACACACCCCUCACUACAUCCACCAGUUACCUGCACUUCCCGUUUACGCUGAGCAGGACGUGAUGUGUCACAGUGUGUCAAUGCCCAUCCAUGAAGAACGAGUGGUGAAAAUGCAGGAGCAGUUGCAGCGAAGGUUAAAGAAUGGAAGUCUGGGUUCUGCAAAUGGUGUGCCACUCACCCACAAUGGGUACAGCAAAGUUCGGACGGACAUGACGUCCUCGUCUACCCCUCCUCGACUCAAACACGCUGUUCGCAACAGAGUCUGCAGUCCCAGUGAUUAUAAUCCUAAAGUUGUGGAUCCUGAGGAGGAAAUGAGGCGAGUGCAGGAGCUUCUGUCCACCAUCAGCAAACCAACAGUGAGCAACAUCACGUCACAUUCUGCAGUUCUGUCCUGGCCUCCACCUCCCCUGAUUUCGGAAACAGAGACACACUUACACUCGCAUACACAGUCUGUCCUUCCGCUCAGCUACGAGCUGGCCUUGUCCCAGAGCGGCACCGAUGCAGAUUUUAAACUCGUCUACCAAGGGAAAGAAACUACAUACAUGGUGGGUGACCUCAGACCUGCUACACAUUAUUACGCCAGGGUGUGUGUGGCAUGCAGUUCGAUGAAGGGUGCCCCGUCAGAGAGUGUAACGUUUAUUACAUUGGGCGGUGUACCCGAUACCCCUGCAGCACCCCGACUGAUCCAGCGAACCCACACCUCCAUCAGCCUUCAGUGGAGGUCCCCCAAUGACAACGGCUCAAAAAUCACCGGCUUCAGUUUAGAAUAUCAUGAGCAGGGAAAACAAAGUGCAUUUAAGGAAAUUUACAGUGGCCUCGCCAAGCAGUAUAAAGUGGCACGCCUGCUGCCUUCAACGAAAUAUGCCUUCAGACUUGCUGCUAAAAAUGAAGUAGGAAAGAGUGCCUUCAGUUCUGUACUGAGCUGCUGCACGAUGAGCUGUGUGGUGUCACCCUCUGCCCCUCCACUUCCCCCUAUGCUGGUGAAGGCAGGUGUAACGUGGCUAAAUUUAGAGUGGAGCUCCCCUUAUGGGUCAGUCGGCCAAGAUUCACUCUUUUACAUCCUGGAGAUGGAAGAGACUGGAAAGGGCUGUGGGUUUCAGUUGAAGUAUAGAGGAGAGGAACAGUCGUGUACAGUGAGAGAGCUUAGACCAUUCACAGUCUACAGAUUCAGGGUAUCAGUAGCUGGACAGGAGGGUCACAGUGCUCCGAGUGCAGAGGUGGAGUACAGAACUCAACCAGAUCGACCAGGCAGGCCAGGAAAACCUUCUUUACAUAAUACAGCACAACCACACAGCCUGCAUGUUGUUUGGGAAGCACCAGAGAAUGAUGGAGGUUCUCCCGUCACUCAGUAUAUACUGGAACUCAGUCAGAAUGAACACCAGUGGGACGUGGUGUACCGUGGUCCUGUCAGACAGCACAUUUGUGAGGAUCUGCUGGAGGGGUCAUGGUACCAACUGAGGGUGUACUGUGAGAGUUUGGGAGGACAAAGUGAGACAUCAGAGAUCCUUUCAGUGCAGAUAGCUCCUCUGCCUCCUGGACCGUGUCAAAUGCUUCACCCUGCAGGGGAAGCCACGUCCACAGAGAUCUCACUAUCGUGGGAUCCCCCGAGGUGUGAUGGGGGUGCAGUCGUGACUCAGUACUGUGUGGAAAUGGCUGAAUCAGUGGAUGGUUCCCAUCACGAGGUGUUCCAGGGUUCAGAACCAUUCUGCACUGUGAACCAGCUUAAUCCUGGUACUACCUACCUCUUCUGGGUGAAGGCCUGCAAUGCAGCAGGGUGGGGACUUCUUUCUGAAAUGUGCCAGGCCUCUACAGCCGCAGGACCCCCCAAGCAGUGCAGCAUCCCAAAUCUCACAUUAGACACCAGUACCAGUGUGCUGGCUACCUGGGAGGUUCCAGAAUGUAACGGGGUGGAGGUGUGUGAGUUUCGGAUGCAGUGGGGGUUGGAUGAAGGUGAUCUGGAGGUACUGUACUGUGGUUCCUCGUGUCAGUAUGAAGUCAGAGAUCUGCGGCCAGGCACCCAGUACUACUGCAGAGUCCAGGCAGUCAAUGCUGUUGGGGCAGGCCUUUUAAGUGAUGUUGCCAUGGUAACGACCCCUGCCUCAGUCCCCGCUGCAGUUGAGCGUUUGCAGGAGGUCAGGACCGAGCCCCAGUUUGAUUACUCGUCAUGUAGCGCAACCACCAGCGUGGCUGUACGUUGGAGUGAACCUCCAUGUCACGGAGCAGAAAUCACCAGCUAUAACAUCGACAUUGGCGAAGAGCACCCUCUGUCUGUCGGGAGGACCAAUUACCACCUACUGGAUAAGCUCCAGCCCAACACCACCUACAGGAUCCGAGUGCAGGCGGUGAACAGUGUGGGCGUUGGACCCUUCAGCUCUGUGCUGAAGUUGAGGACGCGGGCGCUGCCGCCGGACCCCCCUGCGCUGGAGUGUGUGGUGGCAGGACCUCAGAGCUUAAAGCUAAAAUGGGCAGACCGGAUCCAGAAUGGCCACGGCAAGCAAUACUGUUUGCAUAUGCAGACUGGCACUGAUAGGUCAGUGUGCAUCUACAGCGGCCCCUGUCAUACAUUUAAAGUACAGAGACUGUGUGAGGCUACAGAGUACCAGUUCUGUAUUCAGGCUCACAGUGAGGCGGGUAUGGGUCCUCUCUCUCCACCCUACACCUUCAGUACCACUCGAUCUCCUCCACCCCAGCUCAGACCCCCGAAGGUGGAACUUCUGGAGUGGAAUAAAUAUGCAGUAACAUGGGAGACUCUGCAGACGAUGAAAGGAGAUCCGAUGGUGUACAACCUGCAACUGCUGAGGGGCCGAGAGGUGGAGCAGCUGUACAAAGGUUCCGCGACCUCAUACAUAUGGCAGAACUCCACAGUGAGCGCUAUGUGUCGUUUGCGGGUCUGUGCUGGCCGUCGGAUUCAGGAUGGCAGCGAAUUUUGGGGUCAGACCAGCCUCAGCACAGCCCUACCCACCACCGAGCCAUCCAGAGAGCCCAAGUCCUCCAACUCACACAGUCUUCAGUUAAAGAAGGGCUGGACACUCGCCGAUGAGCCGUUUGCCACUGUGUUGCUGCUGGGUUUCGUCGUACUGGCCAUCUUGUUCGCUGUGCUCAUUCAGUACUUCAUCAUCGAGGUGCAGUGAGGAGGAAGAGAAAAUAGAGAGUAAAAAAGGAAAAAUAGAAAGAAAGAGGAAGCGGCGUGAUAGAGCAGAGCAGGCCUCGUAGCACACUGCCGCACUGAUUAGCACACAUGCCCAACAUAUACGUAUAUAUAUAUAUAUUUUAUAAUUUUUUAUUAUUAUUAGCAUUAUUACAUGGAAGGAAGGAUUUAUAUUUGGCAUCAGCAGGUACUUUAACUGCAAACUGUGACAAAUUGGACAGAAUGCCACCCAUGUGCCAUCUCGUAUACAUACAGUGUUGUGAAAAAGUCUGCCUGAUUGCCUUUUUAUUGCAUAGCUGUUACACUAAAUGAUUUCGGCUCACUAACUUAAACAUGAUACGACUGAAAGAGAAUCAACACAUUUUGUUAAAUUAUAUGUAUUUAAGAGACAAAGCUAUCCAACACCUUUAUCACCCUGAAAUGAACUGGCUGUGCCACCUUUAGUAAAAAUGACUGUGACCUUCUAUAAUUUAAUAUUAAUAUUUUACAUAACUUUGGAGGAAUCCUAGUGUCACUGAACAGAACUGCUUGAUAUCAGACACACUGCUGGUUAUCAGGCAUGAGCUGCUUGUUUCACGUCUCACCAUGGCAUCUCUAUUGGCUCAGAUCAGAACUUUCACUUGGUCACUUCAAAAUGUUCAUUUUGUUUUCGUUCUUUUCAGCCAUUCGGAUUCAUUUGUUUUGGAUUGUUGAUCUCCUGCGUAAUUCAAUAACACCUCAGCUUCAGCUCACAGCCAGAUGACCUUACAUUUCCCUCAAGAAUUUUCUUGUGAGGUGCCCAGGUGGCGCAGCAGGAUAUUUCGCUAGUACUCCUUGGUUCAAAACUCUGCGUUGCCACCGGUCGGCUGGGCACCAUCUAGCGGCCAUAAUUGGCAGUGCCUGCAACAGACACAGUUGUGCUAGGGCGGUAUGACCGGACUAUGUGGAAGACAAAUUGACUACGCUAAAUUAAUUACAUUAAUUUCCUGGUUAAAUAAAAUAAAUAAAAAUAAAUUGUGAGAAAAUGCAUAAAUAAAAUAGAAACAAAGAAUUUCUCAUAAAUAGUGGAAUAAAUAACACUUCUAAUAACAACAAGUUGUCUGGUUCAUGAUCUAACAAAACAUCUAUUGUAACACUUUUUUUAAGCAGACAUAAGAAGACACUUAUUGUCCAAUAAGUUCUAUUUUUAAUUGGUCAACACUGGCAAUGGGAAACCUCCUAACAGGUACAAGACAGAAACCUUAAGAGGAACCAUGCAGGCUCAACAGAACCUAUUCUCCUUGGGUGGCCUUGAGGUUAAUUAAGUUCAGUACAGUUGAUGAAAUAGACCAGAUAUGUAUAAAUACUUUUAUUAUUUCUAACAAAAGUUAGAGUUUUUGAACAAGAGUUUAUUAUAUUUCAUUUUCACUUUCAGUCUGUGGCCGAAUAAAGCAACUAACCCUUUUUUCCACAAGGGUGAUAUAGGGGAUGAUAGACUAUAAUUCUUAAACAAAUAAAAUGAUGUGUUCCAAAUUGUGUUUAAACUAAAGUCCAGUUUGUGUAGCAGAAGCUCUGAAAUCCAUAAGUAUAGCAAAUAUGCAAUAACAGGCAAAAUGAAGGGGGCAAAUACUUUUCACAUCACUCUAUAUUCAGUUCAGAUUUAAGUAAUGGAAGCUUCUCAUAACUAAAGCCAGUGGCUUUACUGAGCUCGACUGGUAUUUGAUACACAGAGACCUUUUUCUGAUUUGGAAAUCAUACGACGUUCUCAUUUCAUCAUGGCCUUUUUUCCACUGUAGUGCCAAAGAAUUCUAAGUGUAUAAUGAGUAACAGUUCUGCAUGGAUGCACUCAUUUUGGAGCAGCAAAUCCACCUUCUGCAUGCUUUUAGUCACCAUCCUUAAUUUGACCUCAGAUUUGAACUUAUUUAUCUUCUCUUUGUUCCUACCCACCUUUAAGCCAAAAUCCUUCACCAGAUUCUCCAAACUUUAAUCUAGUAAGAAAAAAGUCUGAUUCUGUGUUACUGCCUUCAGCACUACAGUGGAAAAUAGAAAUGGAAAAAGAAGUUGAUUUAUAAAGUGCAAUUCAUGGCCGGGGUGCUUUGUACUGCCUAGAACAAAAUAAUUUCUCAUCUCAUUUACUGGCAGUGUUCCGGGUUUAAUCAGCAAGUGUUAAAAAGGAUGACGGUGCCAAAUUUUUCAUACAUACCAUACAAACUUUGUACAAAACUUCAGCAUAAGAUAUGUUUUCAUGUUUUACAACUUCAUAACGUCAUAACCACAUCAUAUAUAAUUACUCAUUUAUUCAAGACACUGGGAGAGCUCGAUUUUAACAUUCAGGAACAUUCAGCGUGUUCCUGUGUGAUUGAGUAAACAACCAUUAGCUGUGUUUUUGUGUGUACAGAUACUGCAGUAUUGAGUUAGACCGAAAGCCUUCUAUAUAUUAAUGAUAUGCAUUUGUUAUAAAUGUCUUUAUUUAGCUCAAACUGAGCAGUGUAGUCCCAUCAGUAAAGCUUUUUAU